UCAAUACAACAUUUUAUAUAGGCUACAACUUAGAUACCUAUCUAUCUAUUCUAUUUAUGUUGGUUUUAAUCUUUCAUACAAAUCUAAGAAAUCCGCUGUAGGCUAGUAUUGGGAAGAAUGCAGAAUCCAAAUGAAGAUACUGAAUGGAAUGAUAUUCUCAGAGCCAAAGGUAUUUUACCUCAAAAAGAAAAGGAAGUGACAGAAGACGACAUUGUAAAUAUACUAGAAUCUACAGUACAGGAAAAAACAACAGGGAAGAAAUCUUUGGACGAGCUAGAUUUGGAUGACUUGGAUGAAUUAGAAGAUGAAGAGGAUGAAAAAGUAUUGCUGGAAUACAGAAAUAAAAGAAUAGCUGAGAUGAGAGCGUUAUCUGAAAAGGCAAAGUAUGGAGAGGUUCGGGAAAUCAGUGGGGAAGAUUACGUCGAGCAAGUUAACAAAGCUGGCGAAGGGGUGUGGGUCGUCCUGCACCUUUACAAGCAAGGGAUUCCCCUGUGUGCACUCAUAAACCAACACUUGAGCGAAUUGGCGACAAAGUUCAAAGCAACCAAGUUUUUGAAGAGUAUAUCUACAACUUGUGUGCCCAACUAUCCUGAUAGGAACUUACCCACCAUCUUCGUCUAUUUUGAAGGAGAUAUGAAGGCACAACUGAUUGGCCCAGCAUCGUUUAGAAGAGCUGAUAUCUCUAUUGAAGAACUGGAAUAUCUUCUUGGACAAACUGGGGCCUUCAAAACGGACAUCACAGAAGACCCUCGGCCAAAGCCAAAGGAUGUACUUUUCUCUACGUUGAAAUCUGACAACAAUGACUGGGACUUAUAGAUUCAUUUCAUGACUAUAGCCCCCCAGACACGAUCCGAUAUGUCUGCCGACUCAUCCGACUCCGACCGCUUAUGGGCUCAACCGACUUGGUCUGCGUACUUCUUACAGCCAUUCUGUCUCAAACUGAAGUGACGGGCCCGAUGCUGACAGAAUACAAUGGAAGCUACACAAAGAUUAUGCUGUCGGAACGCUAGUCGGAUCGUGUGUGGUAACAGCCAGACUUGACAGACAGACCGCGGACCAGACAUGUCAGACUGUGUAUGGAGGGCUUAAGUUUGAAAUAUUUAUUAUUUAUUUAUAUACAGUAGAACCUCACUAAUCCGACCUCGGAUGGUCGGACUCCUCGCUUGGUCCGACCGUGCUGCCGACACAAUAAGCUUCCGCUAACAUAACCUCAUUAUCCAUGAAAAAUCCCAAGAAAAUUUUAUAAAUUGUGUUUCUUUAGGGUAAUGUGUUGAAAUUCAUUGUAUAUUAAACUAUUCCUAUCAAUUAUACGCAGUACGCUCACACAUUAUUGUUUUUGAAAAAUCACAGGCAUUUGACAAAAAUAAAAUGGAAGCAAAACAAAAAAUUUUGUCAGAGUUUCAAGGUCAAGCUGUCGUUUGCACUGAAAUCGUCUGCUCUUUAAGCCCUCACAUCUGUCUGCUGUGUGCUUGCUAUGUCACAACAUUUUGUGACUGGGUAUUUGGUAACCAUGACAACUUUAGUAGCCUGCGAUUGGGUGAUUAGUAUAGUAACCAUGGUAACUUGUUGGAACAGGUGGAUGAAUUUCCCCAUCUGGCAAGCAAUCAACUUGUUGUCCAGUCUUUCUCCCUCCAAUCGGCAAUACAAUGUGACCGGCUACAUUACAAGCAGUGCUGCUAUCUGUGGGUGCUUUAUUGAACUACGUCGACUCUCGUCGUCCUCACCUUAUUUGCUAUUAGUCAGACCGGGUUACACCUGCGGUGUUUGAUGGGCCGCAGCGAACGUGUUAAAGUAUAUUUAUACAGUUUUAGGCGUUGUUUAUAAGUUAGUAAUGACUGUUUUAUGUCAUGUUGGAUUAACCAUGAUUUACAGUUUGUUACUGUCUCCAUUGUCCGUUCAAAAUACAGUUUUACUAUGUUUUUAUGUCAAUAAAUGCGUUCCUCUGAUAAUCUGACCUUUUUGCUGUUCAGACCAUGCUACGGUUCCGUAGGUGACGGAUUAGCGAGGUUCUGUAGCUCUAAAGUAUGCUCAAAAGCAUUUCAUUGUUGUAGUUUUUUACGGAUGAUGGUAGUUAUAUAUAUUGUAUAUUCUAACAGAUCAAUGAAUGGGUUUCAAACAGCAUUUAAUUUUAAAUUAACUACAAGUUUAAAUCAUUUUGUAUCAGAAAACAUUUUUUUGGCCCAAGGUAAUUUUCAGAAAUAUUGAAACUUUUAAAGUUAAACUUUAUUUUGAUAAAAACAUAUUACUUUCUGUUGAAGUAUGUGUAACUACUGCUUCCUAUUUUUUAAAACGUAACUUGUAACUUACAGUGUCAACCCAGAGAAUUCUUGUAUUUGGUUAAGAACUAUAAAAUGUUGGUGCUAAUCUUUAGGAAGAGUCAGUCUCAAAUACACAUGUUUUAGCCUUCUCAAUAUUUUCUGCCUAAUGCAAAACUAGGCGAUAGGAAAAAGUAACGAAUCUACAAAUUUCUUGAUUAAAAUGAAAAAUUAUAAAAUCACUAUAGUCAUCAUUAUAAUAUUGUUGUAGUAGUAAUCAAAAUACAGCAAUACACAAUUCACAAAACCUGUACAAUGUAUUACUGUAUCUACAACAAACAUUAGCUGACAAUCACUAAAUUAUUACUAAAGAAAGAGUAUUAUUUUCUGUUAUUUACUUUUAUAUUUUUAUUGAUAUAUUAUUUUUGUUUGAUUACAAAAGAUCUACGAGAAAGUUUAAAAAUAAAUAGUUUUU